GUCUUGUUCUAAGCUUCUAGAGAUGCGCAGGUCUUUGGAUCUCCACCUUCACAAGCCAACCGAUAAUGAACUACUCAUCUAGGAUAACUCUGCGUUGGAAACCACACGAAGGAUGAUUGGAUAUAGGACUGUUCUUAACCGUGGACAGCUGCUGGUUUUAAUUCUGUAGCCCAUUGGAUUGCUGCCACCCGUGCGUUUAUGUGGUCCGUUUGGAGACGUUCCUUUGGGUUGCCUGUAUUCGGAUGUAAAUCGGAGGUUUUGUUCCCUGCGCACCUCUCAAAUGACUAAGCGUGGCGCGAAGAGGAGACUGCGUUCUCCAUCUCGCUUCUAUGUUAGAACCUUGGGCUAAAGUUUUCAUGGACGGUGCCCUGGAUUUUCCACUGCUAUCCCUCUGAACAGGGUCUUUGCUUUUCAAGCAGAGAACAAGUAUUUUACCACGCACACAAGAGGUGCCUUCUUUUGGAAUCUAUCUCCAAAAUGAAGUCCGUUUUUAUCCGAGUUGGCGAACUCUACUUUCUGGUCCUUUGGCUUCAGUCAGUGCCUCGGAUGGAAGGUUGGGUGGAGGGCUGCCCAGCGCCAUGCAUAUGCCACAGUGAGCCACGGCCCACCUUGGCCUGUCAACAGCAGGGCCUCUACUCCAUCCCCACAGAGAUCCCUAUCCACAGCCAGCGCAUCUUCCUCCAGAACAACAAGCUUACCGUGGUCCGCUCCACCAGCUUCAGUCCCUGCAGAAACCUCACCGUACUCUGGCUCUACUCCAACAACAUCAGCCACAUCGAGGCUGGUGCCUUCUACGGCCUAGAGAGGCUGGAGGAGCUGGACAUAGGGGACAAUGACCUGAGGAUCAUCAGCCCCACUGCCUUCCGAGGCCUGUCUAGACUGCACACCCUGCACCUGCACAGCUGUGGCUUGUCUGUGCUGCCUGUAGGCGUUUUCAGGGGACUAUUUUCCCUGCAGCACCUCUAUCUCCAGGACAACAGCUUACUGACUCUCCAUGACGAUACUUUUCUGGACCUGGCCAACCUGACCUACCUGUUCCUCCACAACAACAAGAUAAAGACUGUGACGGAUCACAUGCUGCGAGGCUUGGUGAACUUGGACCGCUUGCUGCUGCAUCAGAAUCGAGUGACCUUCGUCCAGCGCAAUUCUUUUCAUGACCUACGCAAGCUGACCACUUUGUUUCUGUUCUUCAAUAAUCUAACAGUGCUGACAGGGGAGACCAUGGACCCACUGGUGUCCCUCCAGUACCUGCGUCUGAAUGGGAACCAGUGGAUCUGUGACUGCCGGGCCAGGACCCUGUGGGACUGGUUUAAGGGAUUUAAAGGGUCUAGCUCAGAGCUUGAGUGCCAUGUUCCGGCCAGACUGUCCGGAAAAGACCUGAAACAGCUAAAGAUCCCUGACCUGGAAGGUUGCUAUGACAGCUCUGACCAUACUUGGAUUAGCAUGUUCAGUUCCAAGACACGAUCUGGAAAACUCACCACGGAGAGUCCACUUAGGGCUGGUAUUCCCAGGUGCUGCCUCUCAGAUAAAGACAAGUCGUCCAUCAUCUCCAGCAAGGGUCUCCCAGAUCCCUCCUCCUACAACAGCAGACAAAUCACCAACAAUCCUCUGAAGGAGAAAGAGAACAUCUCCAAAACGAAGCUGUUGGAAGCUGACCGCAACAAACCCCAGAACAAACAUAGUUUGAACGAUGUGCCAGUGGGAACAUUAUCUAACAACCCGGACCAGUCCUCAGAGGAUCUAAGCCCCUCCAAUGACCCUGAAAAGAAGAAAAGGUGUGCAAAGGAGAACAUGUCAGACCCUCUGUGUCUCAAGUCCCACGGAUCUACAAUUGGAGCAUGGAGGCUUGUCUUUCUGCCUGUGUUUUGGCUAUCCUUAGACUUCUGUUAGAAGUUACAAUAACAGAGGGAUAAUAUGGGCCAGUGUAAGGCCAGUGCAGGAGGCCCUGCUAAGUGCCAAGGGUGGGAAAGGGGAACAGAACUUUCAGUCAAGUAACUUCCAAAAUAAUGGAAACACUUGACUAAAUGAGGGAUACAAAGUAUUCUGAAAGCAGGGGCUUUCACACAGGUGUGGUUCCUGAUUUAAUUAGGCACUUAACAUCCCGUCAUGCUCAAAGGCUCUGCAUGAUCAAUCUGCCAUCUUCAGUGGCCGUACAUUUAGUGUGAUAUGGCCUCACCAGAAGUCAGGGCAUUGAUAUUUUUUGCACUUUGCGGUGCAGAGCAGAGCUGUUGUGAAGGAAAUUGUCAAGGAAGUAAGUUUAUGUUUAUAUUGGACCUCUCACCCCCAGCUACUGUCAACCAAUCAUGUUAAUGCAGAGCUAUACGGAGAAUUACAGAGCGCACUGCGAUGCUGUACAGAGCUCAAUUUGAUCUCCGCAAGCCUUCGCAUUUAUGGAGCAAGCAUAAAUGGGCCUUUAGAGUCAUCUUUAAAAUGACUGGGCAGGCCUUUAUUUUGGCCAAUAAUUUGGCUACCAUGGCUAUGCCCCCAUCCAUAGGACAUGAGUGGUCACUGAAUGGUUUGUUGAACAUGAAAAUUAUGUAAACCAUAUGCCAUGGCAGUCUCAGUCACCAGAUCUCAACCCAUUUGAACACUUAUGGUAAAUUCAACAUAACACCAAAUUAUGGAAUUUCUCGUGGAAUGGUGUCGCAUCCCUCCAAUAGAGUUCCAGACACUAUAAUAUAUUCCAAGGUGCAAUGAAGCUGUUCUGGAUUGUGGUGCCCCAACACCCUAUUAAGACACGUUAUGUCCGUGUUUCCUUUAUUUUGUCAGUUACAUGUAGAUCUGAUGAUAUGAAUUUGAAAAGAGAAUUGGAAGAGCUAAAAAAAAGACAAUUCAACAAAUGGAUGCCUUUCUACAGUAUGUCCAUUCCAAAUGUAUACAUGUAAUGGAUUUGUUCCCAGGUGAUACUGUAUGUUCUGCCCAGCUAUAAAGCACUUAUUCUGGGAGGCCCUAUCCUCUCUAGGUUUACUCUGCCAAUGGUGGUGAUUGGUUAUUACAAAGACACUGAAACAGCACAAGCUGUUUAAAACUAAGAAUGUUCUGAGGUUUCCUUCAUGACAACCCCAAAGAUGUGAUAGAUCGUAUUCCUCCAUUUAUUUUUGUUAAUCUUUUUUUAGAGUGGAACAUUGAUUUAAAUGCUAUUUUUAUGUUUAUAAGUGUAAAUGUAAGACAAAUACUUAAUGUUUCAUGUCACGCUGUGGUUAUGGGUAGCAUUCUCAAAAGAGUACUGUCUAUUUGUUC